AUGUGGUCGCUCAGUGUCGUGUUUAACAAUUUCGUGUUCUACGAAUACAUCGCGCUAGUGACGUGCGUGCGGAUAAUGGUGCGCAAAAUCAAUGACGAGCUGUCCAAGGGUUCAGUGUCCAUCGGCGAACUGGGAACGCUGCACACGGUCGUCCUGGAUGGUCUGGAGCACAUGAACCGUUUCGUUCUCGGGUUGCCCAUGAUAGUCAACAUCAUCGCGAACAACAUGUCGUCCGUAAUCUACUUGCUGUAUCACUACGUGAUUUUCAAGGGCUUGUUCAUCGCGUCGGAGGUGAACCUGUUCGUCCCGGUCCUCGACGUGGCACUCAAGCUGUUCGACACGGUCCUGUUGUUCUGGUUCUGCAGGGCCGUCGAGAUAGAGGUAAACCGGACGACUUUGGUCUUACAACAAAAGUUAAUAAUGGAAACGGAUCAGAAAGUUCGCCGAAAGCUAGCAUUUUUUUCGUUGCGAAGAUUGCACGCAGACUUCAACUUCAUGCUGUGUGGAAUUUACAAAAUUAACUACAGGCAACUAUUAUCGUUAUUAUCGAAGAUGAGGUUUUUUGAUCAAUAG